AUGGAGAUGACACUUACUGAUCAAGAUCAGUCAUGUCUUGCAAUUAUAGGGAAAACAUAUACGGUAGACAAGCAUACGGUUUAUUGUUUGCCAGACGCUGAUAUGCUUAAAGGACCUCAUCAGCCCAAAGCGUCGAGCAUAGCAAGCGGAUCGUUUCCUAAGCAGUUUUUCGCGUCAUACGAUUCUGAACUGGACAAUCACUUGAAAGGAACGUUUACGCACACGUCACCACAGAUACAGAAUAAGAUGAUUGUUUCUAGGGUUUUGGGUAGCAGAAAAAUCAAUGGAGAGGCAUUGUUUAAUCUCAUUAAAGGAGUAAUUGAAAACGUGAAAGUUCAAAUAGAGGAAAUGAGAACGCAGUGUUUUGAUGGAGUCGCUAACAUGAGCGGUUGUUACAAUGGGGUCAGUGCUAGAUUUCAAGAAAGAGAACCACGAGCAGUUUACAUCCACUGUCACGCUCACGUUCUUAAUCUGUCCUUGACAAAAGCUUGCUCGAUGAUUCAAGAUGCAAGGAACACUCUAGGAGCGCUGGACAACCUAUACACAUUGUUAGAGGGAUCUGCAAAGCGGCAUUCUCACUUCAAGAUCAUACAGGAAACUCUAGAUGCAUCAAAGCCUGCGUUAACGCUCAAGCGGGUUUGUCAAACGCGAUGGUCUUCUCGAGACGAAUCUGUUUGUGCUGUAAAGUUGCGCGUCAAAGCAAUUAUUGUUCCUCUCGAUGCCAUUGCAUCUACCGAUCCACAUCUUGGGCCUGACGCCACUCGCUUGUUAAAUUUUAUUGAGACUUUUAGAUUUUUGUUCUAUAUCAUUGCAUUAGAAGCAAUUCUUGGUAAAACUGCAGUGCUCUCAGAUUAUCUUCAAGAUACUCUCAAAAUGCUGCGCGAUGACUUCCAAGUAUACUGGAACGAAGCCGAGGAGAGAUUUGGUGAGAAUGACUUAGCGGUAUUAUCGGCUAUGGAAAGUCUACUUGUCAAUUCAUUUAUUCAUCCGAAACCAGACGAAGAGAGCUUUAAAGUUGUGCGAGAGUUUUACACGACUGAUUUCGACUUUGGUAGAUUGCAUCAUCAGCUCAGUGUCUUCUACUCUGAUGCGAAGAGAGCGACAGUCGAAGACUGCGAGAAUGACGAUUCCUACAAAGAUCUGACGGGCUGCUAUGCAAUGGACAAAUUGUGUAAACUGUUUGCACAAAGCUGCUACAGAAAGGCAUAUCCAGACGUUUUCAAACUAAUUAAAACGUUCUUGGUUAUUCACGUGUCUUCUACAGAAGCAGAAAGGUCAUUCUCCCAUCUGCGAAGAGUGAAAACGUGGUCGAGAAGCACUAUGAGGCAAGAGCGGCUGACUGCCAUGGCCUUGUUGACCAUUGAACGAGAAGAAGGUGGAAAGCUUAAAAAUAACGUUGACGACCUGGUUGUACAGUUUUGCAAACGAGGUAACCGGAGACUUUUACUGAAGUCAUGUUUAGAUUAG